AUGCACGUCGCCCGGAACAACAUGCCAGCCAUUGACGAGCACUUCCACGAGCUGCAGCUCAGGUCAAUCGACGUCGUGCGCGACAUCGACAAUUCUUACAAGCACGUGCAACAGCCUCAUAUGCUACACUUCUACUUCCACAACGACAGCGGCGACAUCCACGACGCAGACCAGUGGAAAGACCACUUCUUCGUAGACCCAUGCUUCGCUGGCAUGUUCAACCCCGAUCACAUUGACCAGGCACAUAAGGACGCUGCAGGUUUCUGCAACAAUCGCAAUGCGCCGAUCCCUACCUACGCCAACGUUUGUGGAGGUGAUCGAAGCAAGGUCACUAGUGCGUUCCAGUGUAUCACUGCAUCUGCAACUCCCGUACCAAGCGAGGCCCUACCUGACAGAGAAUGCUAUAAGUUCGGAUCAGUCAAGCUGUACGGCAAGCAAGGUGGAAGGCAACGUGGCCGAAAGGGCCGUCGUGACGAGGAACAAUCUGAACAGGGCUUCAAGCAAGGUGGUAAUAAACCAAGCAAGGCCGGUAGCGCCUGGGAUUGGUUCAUGAGAGGGAACUAG